AUGAAGUCUUUUAUCUAUAUCAUCACUGCCAUCCUUCCUCUUGCUUCGCAAAUGGCCAUGGCUAGCCCGGUCGCGGAGCCCGACGAAUUUUCGCUCAAGGAGCGAGGAAAUGGCGGAAAUGGCUGGGGUAACGAACAUGGCAAUGGCCACGAUCGCGACCAUGGCAAUUAUCAUCAGCGUCCCGAAGACUUUUGCAAGGUACAGAAGACCUACUGGUACCACAAAUACCCCUGUGACUCCAGCGAGACUGUUGGUGAAUCCAACGUGGGUGAUACCUUUGCGCCCGUCUGCAAGUAUCAGUACGACCUCCCCACCCUCCUAUCUAUUCCCGACGUCAACGUGGGACAGUGCCCUUAA